AUGGAGGCCUUAGCGAUGGCGGGAGCUGAUUGUCAAGAAUGGGGACUUAGUAUCGAGGAAUGGGAGCUUCAAGAAUCCGUCGUUCCACCCCAUUUACUUGCAGAUGAUUCUGAUGAAGAAGAAGAUCAAGAUCUAGAUGAUGAUGAUAGCGUUUGCAUUGGUUUAGCGACUAAACGAGAUGUUACUUGUGACAUUAGAGCAUCGGUUGGGAAAUGGAUUAAGCAAUCUAUCUCAAAUAUCGUUAUUCACCUCAAGCUGCUUAAAUUCUUGACGCUUAUUCUUGAGAACUUUUUGUUCAGCCAUGUUAUCGAGUUUCUUUUGUAA